UGGCAACGCCUGAUUCACAACGGUACCCUUGAAACCUAAUCUGUUACAAAAUGUGGAAUCGAAUAACAUCUUCAUUGUUUCUUAUAAGCUUGAAAUGCGCAGGCGGACCCGGUGUGACGGUGUAUAAGAAGAGGGAUGAGGAGCUGGAUGAAUAUGCUGUCCGAGGCGGAGCCAAGAAGAAGAAGGGAAAGGGCGUGGGAGGAGGAGGAGCAGGGGGAGGGGUAGGAGGGGGAGCAGGAGCAGAUAAAGAAAAUGAAGAUAAAGAAGCGUCCAAGAAAAACAAGUUUGUUCCCCUGUACAGUAAGGACGGAAAGAUGAGUGAUGUAGUUUUACUAACGGGCAGACAUCCCUGCGAAUGCCAGGCCGUUAAACAUCAGCUUGUGAACAAUUGUCUGUCCUGUGGCCGGGUUGUUUGUCAGCAGGUUGGUGGAUUAUUGGAUGAGAAGAAGUUAGAGGCUGGACUAGAGAAAGCACUCGCAAGCAAAAAUAAGCUCUUAGUGCAAAAUUUAAGGUUUAAAUUGAUGAAUUGUGAUAUAACUAGGUCUAGGCUGGAUCGAAGGAUUACCUUUGAUUUCGCCGGGCGACGUGUUGUUGAAGAUGACAGCGUGCCUGAAUACAACGUUGAAGAGGAUAAGCGUUUGAUGCAAUUAUUUAAGAACGACCAGUUUUCAGUUGAAGCUGAAAUCAAGAGAAGAGAAAAGGAGGGAGUGGGAAGCGUUCUAAAUCCCAAUAUGGAGGCAAGACCGGUUUAUGAUGAUACUCUAAAUUAUGAGGGACGGAUGGAACAUAGAACGGAGAAAAUGAGUCGGCUGCUGGGGAGGGUUCAGGAUGGUGCCCUGCAGGAGAUAACAGACCAAGGGACCUGUUUAUCCAUGCAUCAGCCCUGGGCCAGCCUACUUGUUAUUGGAGUCAAACUACAUGAAGGUCGAACUUGGUAUUCUAAUCAUCGUGGUCGUCUCUGGAUCCAUGCAGCUGGUAAAGUACCCACCCAGCCGGAAGUUGAUCAACUGCAGAACUUCUAUAGAGUACACUCAAACAUUCAACCUUACCAGUUUCCUCCUCACUAUCCUACUUCCUGUUUGGUUGGCUGUGUGGAUGUGACUGAUGUUCUUUCACAAGAGGAAUAUAGGGAAGUAUAUCCUGAUGGCGAGUCCACUUCUCCAUAUGUAUUUAUCUGCAAGAACCCCCAGGAACUGUUGAUAAAAUUCCCUAUGUCUGGAAAGCAUAAGCUGUUUAACCUGGAUCCUAAAAUACUAAAGGCAGCGCAGAAGUCCGUUAAGAAGACACCGUCGGAGAGGGGAAGUGGCGUUGCCGGUCUUUAACCACACUGGCGGCGAGGGUGGGGUGUUGUGUUGAUUGUUUUUAACUAUGUUGGCAGAGGAGAGGGAGUUGUGAAACAGUUAUUCAACUACGCCGGCGGAGAGGGAGUGGCGUAGCCGGUCUUUAACUACGCCAGCGGUAGAAGUUCUUUAAUUACCCCGGCGGAGGUGAGGGAGUUAGGUUGC